CCCCCAGUCCAUUGUUCACAUCGGUUGACAAUAAAGUUAUCGCUGUAAAGCACAAAUGUAAAGUAUUGUGUAUGAUAAUGCUUGGUGUAUAUUUUCAGCCACACCAAAACCCUGCAUAAGAAUAAUCAAGGGAUAUAAAUUAAACAAACACAAAAAACACUGGGUCAAUGACCCAGUACCAUGACAGUUGAAUGUACAAUAAUAAAGACUUUAAAUCAGAUGACAAUGUAGCUGACACUGUGUUUAUUAGUGUGUGAUCAACCAAAACUCUUCAUACUGUCAUCCUGUCAAGAGUGUAUUCUUAAUAAGACAUUCUUCAGGUUGAAUAAAGACACUCAGACAGUUAGAAUAUAAUAACAGCAACGUGCAUGCGUGAGGCCUCUGGCGAGACCCCGCGCACGGGUGAGGACUCUGGUGAGACCCACGCACGGGUGAGGACUCUGGCGAGACCCACACCGAGUGCAGGCGAUGGCUCUUUAUUUAUAGUUUACAUCGUGUAUGCAAAUACGUCACAUUUCCUCUUUUACAAAUUCCUUUAGACCAACAGUUGUAUAUGUGCGUGUGUGUCUGCUUCUUUCUAAAAGACGUGGCGCUGACUUAAUCUUUUGUGGUUAGGGAGUCGCGCAUCUGUUUUCCUGUUGUGGUUUAGGUGCCUCAUCCGUUUUCUAUUGUAGUCUGGGUGACCCGCAUCUGUUUCCUGCUUAAACUAUAUGUAUUGCAGAGUUCACUGUCGGGUUGCAUGACAAUGGAGCAAUACAUCGAAUCUUGUGACAUGGGAAAGUACAGCAAAUUCUGUGAAAUAUAUAAACACUUUACAAUAUGCUUGAAUAUUAAAAGAUAAUAAAACAAAGAAUAAAACACAUAAAAACAUAGAAUCUCAUAACACAUCCAUACAUGAGGUCUUUAUACAAAUGAUGAAAAGACAAUGAAAGAAACUGUUUAAUUGAUAUGAAAUGAUUGAAUUAUAUGAAAUAUUAUGGCUUUGUCUGCCAGAUUGUUUUUCUGUAAACUACUUUGAACUACUGGCAGUCAGUGAUGUCACUUAAAGGCAAGAUUCUAUGUUGUGUUGCCGUAGUUUCCAGAGUUUACUUAUAAAGCUCACUUACAGAACUCAGUUAGAAACCUCAAGCAUUUGAAGGACGCACAUUUGAAGGAAUAUCAACUCAUUACGGUGACAUUUUUGAUUUUAAAAGCUCUCCGAAAUGACCAAGAAAAUGGAAACAAGAAAAAGCACGACUCCAGCAGAUAAGAAAGAUUCAGAUCAAGAUUGUAAGACCAGGACUGCUAAAAGAAAGGCCAGUCCUGAAAAGAAGACCCCAAUAAAAAGGAGGAGGGUCGCUGAGCAGGCUGGUCCUUCCACCAGCUCGGAUGUGGUCAAAGGAGUGAAGCGCAAGGUUGUGCAAGAUGGAGAGGGCACAACGAACCAAGCAAAGAAGGCUAAACUUCUCGACCAUAUGAGUGGUGACAAGGAGCAAGCGUCUUCCUCGCUGGACACUGGUAAAGACUUGAACAACAAACAAGUGUGUCCAAGAAAUGUCACCCAAGAAAAAAAAAAAAAAAGGAAUGUGGACCAGGAUAAAAAAUCAGUGGCUGACCAAAAACGUGAAUUUGAAGCCAGAUACGUGGAGGAGCACCAGCUCGGAGAAGGAGGCUGCGGAGCAGUUUUUGCUGGCUACCGGAUAGAAGAUCGUUUUCCAGUUGCCAUCAAACACAUUCCCAGAAAUAAAGUCUACUGCAAAGUGGCGGAUGAAAAUGGGAAGAGGCUCUCUGUGGAAGUGGCCAUUAUGCUGAAACUUGCAGGUGAAGCAGAAGGGUCAGUAGGAACAUCAGCACCUGUGUCCUUGCUGGAGUGGUUCAACCUUGGCAAAGAACUGAUCCUGGUGCUGGAGAGACCUGUCCCCGCUGUGGACCUGCAAAAAUACAAAGCAGAAAAUGGAAGAACUUUACCAGAGGACAAGGCCAAGGUCAUUCUGAAGCAACUAGUUGAUGCUGCAAAGGAACUUGAGGAUAAAAACAUCUUUCAUCGGGACAUCAAGGGAGAAAACAUUCUGAUUGAGACCGGCUCAGAUGUGCCUCGUGUUCGCAUCAUUGACUUUGGACUGAGCUGCUUUGUUAAGCAGCGAUCUCUGUAUCGCGUCUUCUAUGGUACUCCUCUUCACACCCCUCCCGAGUGGUACAGGAGGAGCUGCUACAGGUGUGGACCCACCACGGUGUGGCAAAUGGGAGUGGUGCUGUAUGAAGCGGUUCAUGCACGGGACUUUGAUACCGAGAGGUUCCUCAGCAACACACUGAGCAUCAAAAAGCGUCUGUCCACAAAAUGCCGGAAUUUCUUGGAAGCAUGCUUAACUAAAGUCCCGGAGAAGCGCCCAACACUGGAGGAGCUCCAGCAUCACCCCUGGCUAAGAUAACACACACAAACACACAAUUCACAUCUUAUCAUGCAAGUGUGAUACAUUGUAGUAACUUGCUUUCUUUUUUCUGUUGGACAGGAAUAGAUAGAAUGGGACAAUUAAAAAUAAAAUCAAAAUUUUGCUUUCUUGGAGUUCCUGUAACCACCCCAGCCAUCCCAGGAAAGGGGAUCUCUCUUUGAAUGGGCUUUCCCGAGGUUUCUUCCCAUCAAUCUGGCCCCCUGGGGAGUUUUUCCUCGUCUUCAUAGAGAGCUUGGGUUGGGUCAGGUGCUCCCUCAAAACUGUC